AUGACUGAUGAAGACAAGCUACAGGUAGAUCACAUACACAAGGUAGACGUUCACAAACCAGAGGAAAAGACACCCCUAGUGGGUGAUACUGAUACUCAGAUCGUCAGUAAGGAAGCUGAAAAGGAUUUAGACCUUGAGCAACCAGUUCCACUAGACACAUCCACCUACCUAAAGUACAUCAGUCUGGUUCUGCUGACCGUACAAAAUGCUUUGCUCAUCCUUGUCAUGCGCUACGUGCGUACACGUGAGGGGGACAUGUUCCUGUCAACAUCUGCUGUCAUCAUGGCGGAGGUCUUUAAGUUCACUACAUCACUCGUUGUCAUACUCAUUGAGACUGGGGGUAUACAAGCAUGGCUGAAGUUGCUUUAUGAAGAUAUUAUCUUAGAGCCAAUAGAUUGUCUCAAAGUGUCAAUACCAUCUAUCAUCUUUGUUCUACAAAACAAUUUGGUCUAUGUUGCCAUCUCUAAUUUAGAUGCAGCCACGUUUCAGGUGUCUUAUCAACUGAAAAUUCUGACCACCGCCAUUUUCUCAGUUCUAAUGUUAAAAAAAGUGCUGAGCAAAUUACAGUGGGCUUCACUGGUCAUUCUCUUUGUGGGCGUGGCCAUUGUCCAGAUGCAGCCGGAGAACAGCAAGAAAACAGCAACAGCCACAGAACAAAGUCAAAUCAAAGGACUCAUCGCUGUCGUUGUCUCGUCUUUCAUGUCCGGGUUCGCUAGCGUUUACUUCGAAAAAAUUCUCAAAGGAUCUCGGCAAUCUGUUUGGAUACGUAAUGUUCAACUGGGAGUAUUAGGGUCUAUUAUGGGAGUCAUUACCAUGUUUGUUAAUGACGGCGAAAAAUUGCUACAGAAUGGAUUUUUUCAUGGCUACGAUUCUGUAGUCUGGUUUGUUAUAUGUUUGAAUUCCUUAGGAGGACUUUUGAUAGCUGUUGUAGUUAAGUACGCUGAUAACAUUCUCAAAGGUUUCGCGACAUCCGGAGCCAUUAUAUGCUCGUGCGUGGCGUCAAUUUAUUUCUUUCACUUCCAGCUUUCUAUCGAGUUUACUUUUGGCGCUGGCCAUGUUAUAUUAGCGUGUUAUAUUUAUAGUAAGUUUGUACCUGAAACCUUACCUGUGCUGCCCACAACUAGCACAACUGCCGGAAGCUAGACGGAUGCCGGACAAGGAAUCUCUAAGUGCCGUG